AUGGACAAAAUUAAGGAGCUGAAAGAGCAGCUCAGUGAGUCCUUUGCCAUGAAAGAUAUGGGUCCAGCGAAACAGAUUCUUGGUAUGAGAAUUGUUCGAGAUAGAGGGACUUCUAAUUUGAAGAUUACAUUCGGAGGUAAGAAGCCUUUGCUGGUCAGUUUCACUGAUUCUGACAUGUCUGGAGAUGCUGAUUCUAGCAAGUCUACUUCGGGUUACUUGGUAACAUUUGCGGGUGGAGCUGUGGCAUGGCAGUCAAGGUUGCAAAAGUGUGUUGCAUUAUCUACCACUGAGGCAGAGUUCAUUGCUGCAGUUGAAGCUUGUAAAGAGCUGUUGUGGAUGAAAAACUUCUGUGAAGAGAUUGGUUUCAAGCAAGAAAAGUAUGUGUUGCUUUGUGAUAGUCAAAGCGCUAUAUGUCUCGGGAAGAAUUCUACAUUUCAUUCGAAGUCAAAACACAUUCAGAGGAGGUAUCAUUGGAUACGUGAUGUGGUUGCUUCUAAGGAAGUGGAACUUGAGAAAGUUCAUACGGAUGAUAAUGGAGCUGAUAUGAUGACGAAGUCAUUACCGAGGGGGAAGCUUGAGGAUUUGGGCAAUGUGUUCUCCUCUCCCGAGUCAGCUCGAAAGAUGGUGAAGCUUAAAGCUUUCGACAAGUUUGACAACACGUCCGAUGCUCUUGAAGCAGUAGCCAAACUAGUGGAAGGAACCCCCAGCAAGGGUCUCCGCAAGUUUCUAAAAGCUAACUGCAAAGGCGAAACCUUAGCCGUUGCUGAUUCGAAGCUCGGAAACAUCAUCAAGGAGAAACUGACAAUAGACUGUGUCCACAACAACGCUGUUAUGGAGCUCUUGCGAGGCGUGAGAAGCCAGCUCUCCGAACUUAUAUCCGGAUUGGGAGAGCAAGACUUGGCUCCGAUGAGCUUGGGGCUGUCUCACAGUCUUGCUAGAUAUAAACUAAAGUUCAGUUCCGACAAGGUUGAUACAAUGAUAAUCCAAGCGAUUGGUUUACUUGAUGAUCUUGACAAAGAGCUAAACACUUACGCUAUGAGGGUUCGUGAAUGGUACGGCUGGCACUUUCCCGAGCUCGCCAAGAUCAUAAGUGACAAUAUCUUGUACGCCAAGUCUGUGAAGCUAAUGGGGAACCGGAUCAAUGCAGCUAAGCUAGACUUCUCUGAGAUAUUGGCUGAUGAAGUUGAAGCUGAGCUUAAAGAAGCUUCUGUGAUCUCCAUGGGAACUGAAGUCAGCGACCUUGAUUUGAUUCAUAUUCGUGAACUCUGCGACCAGGUUCUGUCUCUUGCUGAGUAUAGAGCUCAGCUUUACGACUACUUGAAGAGCAGGAUGAACACAAUCGCGCCGAAUCUGACGGCCCUCGUUGGUGAGCUCGUCGGUGCUCGUCUUAUCUCUCACGGUGGGAGUUUGUUGAACCUUGCGAAGCAGCCUGGGAGCACUGUUCAGAUUCUUGGAGCUGAGAAGGCUUUGUUUAGAGCGCUUAAGACCAAGCACAAUACUCCAAAGUACGGUUUGAUUUUCCACGCGUCUGUGGUCGGACAAGCUGGGGGGAAGAACAAGCCUAGGAUCGCGCGGUCGCUGGCUGCGAAAGCUGCUCUCUCUAUCCGUUGCGAUGCUCUUGGAGAUGCGGGAGAUAACUCUAUGGGAGUGGAGAACCGUUUGAAGCUUGAGGCAAGGUUGAGGAGUUUAGAAGGGAAAGAUCUUGGACGUCUUGCUGGAUCGGCUAAAGGCAAACCGAAGAUUGAAGUUUAUAAUAAGGAUAAGAAGAUGGGGUCUGGAGGUUUGAUUGCUCCUGCUGAGACAUACAACACUGCUGCAGACUCUCUUCUUGUGCAAACUACCGUAUCAGCUGAGAAUGGUGUCAAAGAGAAGAAAGAUAAAAAGAAGAAGAAGAAGGCUGAAGCAGAGGAGGAAGAAGAAGCCAAAGCUGAGGAAUCUUCAAAGAAGAAGAAGAAGAAGAAGAAGGCUAAGACAGAAGUAGAACCUGAAGUUGUAGAACCUGCAAAGAAGGAGAAAAAGAAGAAGAAGAGAAAGCACGAGGAAGAAGAAACCGAAGAGCCUGCCAAGAAGAAAGAAAAGAAGGAGAAGAAGAAGAAGAAGAGUGAAGCCUGAAGAUAGGUUUAAAGUUUUUGAAUUGCUUAACUUUUAUUAACGGUUUAAUGUUUUGUUAUGAUUUUGAUUUAGUUGGUACACACUUAGUGAUCUAAAACUUUAUGAACUCUGUUCAUCGUUUUGUAAGAUAGUGUGUGGGGUCUUGGUCAUUUU